AUGGCUGCAUGGCUGUCCCGGACUGUGGCUUGGAGGAAUGGGAGCUGGCUGCUGCCGUGCCCUGUGUCUGUGGUCCGGGUCUGCUCCAGGGGGGUGGAAAGUGCCUCCUCCGCCCCGGGGCCCCUCUCUACCUUCCAGGACAAGCUUCGGACAGUAGAGGACCUCCCACGUGCUGGCUUCUUGGAGCUGAUGUACAGACUGUUUUUUCAGGGUUACUACAAACGUAUACAUGAGCUUCAGAUCUAUGAGAAACAGAAAUAUGGGCCCAUAUACGUAGAUUCAAUGAAGUCAGUGUGCAUAAACACUCCAAAGCUGCUGGAGGAAGUCAUGAGGAAUGAUGAAAAGUUCCCUUCCCGAGGAGACAUGUCCCUGUGGCAAGAGUACCGCAACUUAAGAGGAUUUGGUUAUGGGCCUUUCACAGAGAAUGGAGAGAGGUGGUACGACCUAAGGGUGGUGCUGAACAAGCGCAUGUUGCAUCCGAAGGACUCUGCACAGUAUGGUGACAUUCUCAAUGACACUGUUACAGACUUCAUGAAGAAGGUGUGCUACCUGCGUCAGUGCAGCCCUACAGGAGAUCUGGUGACCAAUAUAGCCAAUGAGCUCUAUUGUUUUGCACUAGAGGCUAUUGCCUCCAUACUGUUUGAGAAAAGGCUUGGGUGUCUGGAAAAGGAAAUCCCUGCAGGCACGCAGGACUUCAUCAACGCCAUAGCCAAGAUGUUCUCCAACGACAUGAUUGUGAUGUUGACGCCCAAGUGGAGCCGCAGUCUACUGCCCUACUGGGGGCGCUACAUUGCAGGCUGGGAUGGUAUUUUCAACCUUGCUAAAACGUUGAUUGACCAGAAGAUGGAGGUCAUUCAGCAGCGUUUGGACAACAACCAGGAUGUGGAGGGCGAAUACCUAACAUACCUCCUCUCAAACACUCAGAUGAGCACUAAAGAUGUGUAUGGCAGCAUCGCUGAGCUUCUAUUAGCUGGAGUGGAUACGACCUCCAAUACCCUCACAUGGACUUUGCACCUGCUCUCCAUGCACCCUCAAAAUCAGGACAUACUUUAUAAAGAGCUGUCCACAUUGGUACCAGCAGACCGGAUACCAACUGCUGCGGAGGUCACGCAGAUGCCGUAUUUAAGGGCGGUUGUCAAGGAAUCAAUGAGGAUGUACCCUGUGGUUCCUCUGAACGCCAGAGUGAUUGCAGACAAGGAUGUUACAAUUGGUGGAUAUCAAUUUUCAAAGAAUACCUCUUUUAGGUUUUCUCAAUAUGCCAUCAGUCAUGAUGAGGACACAUUCCCAGAGCCGUUCACGUUUAAGCCGGAGAGGUGGCUCCGGGAUGGCCGUGAGAGGCCAAAUGCUUUUGGCACUCUUUCGUUUGGCUUUGGAGUGAGAGGCUGUGUCGGUCGCCGGAUUGCUGAGCUUGAGAUGUAUUUGGUUCUGUUUCGGCUAAUCAGGCAGUUUGAAAUCAAACCAGACCCGACAAUGGAAGAGCUGAAAUGCAUCUGCCGCACUGUUCUGAUACCAGACAAACCACUGAGCCUAUACUUUGUGGACAGAGGAAGGAACAGUGCAGCUUGAUUUGCUUUGCAGAUCGGAUCGAAUACAAAUGUUCCAUGUGAAUAAAAAACUUUCUAACUGUUUGUAUAUAUUUCUAUGAAUAAACAUCAUGCUUUUCUAAGAAUGGGAUAAGAAAUGUGAAAACAGUAAUAAUGUGGUGAUAUGGAUCUGUGUAAACAGUAUUUUGGUGUUUCUUACUUGUACCUGGCUCACUUAAAGUUGGCACUGCAUUUUGUGGUGUGAUAAUUAUUCACAGCACCUUUAAAAAUGGAGGCAAGAGUCUAUUUAAAGCAUCUGAAUUGUGUUUUCAUUGUGUGUGUGUGUGUGAGCUGAAAGUGGAUCAACUCCAGCCUCGUUUUCAUUUCUUUCAUAGCAAAUUCAGUAUAUCAGAUGGUUAACUUUCACAUUGUAUAGCACAAUAAAGCCUUGUAUCUUGUAUUCAUUGCUGAAACUUACAUUGCUGCACUGAAAUAAAUCAGUCAUAUGAUA